GAUGGCUCGCGGAUGGUUCACAAUAAUUUCAGGUUUUAAGGCGGUCCCGAACAGUCCAGAACCGGCGCUUCGGGCCCGUCCCUCCUUCCCGUCCCUAGAAGUACGUAGUUCGAUAAAAUCUAGCAUUCACGAUCCUGUUCCGUUUAGCAUAUUCACUCGACAGUUCUAUUUAUCCAGGACUUACCAGCAAUUAGUAACAUUGUCCGUAACUUCCUACCAAUCUUCUGGUGUGUCCGUAAGCGAGAAAAUUCCUAACGUGCCAAAGGCUGGAAUGGUUUCCACUAAACACCUUAAUCCCCUUUUCAAUCGAGACAUUCUGGUUUCUAACCAACUCACUAACAUUCGAUAAUCAGAAAAUAUUAACAACAAAAAUGUAACGUUUAGGGAUGGCUAGGGUGCUAUUUAGGUGGAGUUUUCAGUCCAGUUUUAUUCCAAUGGAGACAGUAAAUAAAAGAUACUAAUUUCC